UCAGCUUCAUUUGUGCAGCAAAUAGUCGUUUGCGAAACACCAGAACGCUCGAUUAAGAUAUUUUUACUGUCUUAACUUUUAAUAGUAGAUUAAACUAAAUAAAUUAAUUAAAAUGAUUAGUAAUAAUAUGAUUAAAGUUCGGUUUUGGAUUAUUGAAGUGAUUGUGUUGUUGAUAUUUCCUGUGUUAAUACUCGCCAGUGGUCUUAGCGUUAUCUUUGAUUAUUUAUUUAAAAAACAAGAAAAAAGUGUUCAUGGUGAUGUUGCCCUGAUAACUGGGAGUGGAAAUGGCCUUGGCAAGCAAAUAGCUAUUGAAUUGGCAAAAAAGGGUUGUCAUAUAGCUGUUGUUGAUAUAAAUGCUGAAGCUGCUGAAAAAACAUCAAAAGAACUUAUCGAUGCUUAUAAAAUUAAAUCCAAGGGCUUUAAAGUAGACGUUACAAAAUAUGAAAAUAUUAUAAAACUUGCCAAAGAUGUCGAAGAACAAUUGGGACCCGUAACGAUUUUGAUCAAUAACGCGGGUAUGUUGACAUUUAAAAAGUUCAUUAAGCCCACUCCGGAAGAAACUCAAAAUAUGAUCAAUACAAACCUUACAUCACACUUUUAUACCAUUCGUAUAUUUUUGGAAAAAAUGAGAGAGCUUGGAAAAGGUCAUAUCGUUGCUAUUUCUUCAAUAGCAGGUCUAUUACCUUGUCAUCGACAGCUUGAAUAUACCGCGUCGAAAUUUGGCGUUCGCGGUCUUAUGUUAGCUCUUGAAACUGAACUUUUUGCUUUUAAUGCUCAGUUCAUCAAAACAACCACAGUAUUUCCAUUUUUCUUAAAAACAAACGCUGUAGUAGAUGAAUUAGUAUCAAAAAUUGGUAUAACUAACCUGUAUCCGAGUAUUUCUGGUGAAGAAGCAGCCAAAGCCAUUGUUGAUGGUAUCGUCAGAAAUAAAAUGGAAGUAUUCAUUCCUAGAAUAACCGGACUUCAAUAUCGAAUGUUGGGGCUUCUCCCUACAAACUGGGUUCUAAGGUUUUUGAAUCGAUUGACAUCGCGUCAGGACCUCGAAAUAUUGAACAACAGUUAGUGGUUUUUUUGUUUUAUAUCUUUUAAAAGCCAUGAAUUUUAUAAAGUACUCUAAAAUAAAAAAAAAAUUAACUCAUUUACAAAAUUAAA